AUGGGCGAGGCUCAUGUUAAAUUAGACUUCGUGACCGGUCGCAACGCUGGGGGAAAAUACAUAUGCGUGCUCGUGUGCUCUUUGGACGGCUAUACCCGAAUCCUGCGUAAGGAGACACACGCUUGCCCGUUGGAGGCCGCGCGCGCUCUUGCCGACGGCUUGAUUCAUGAUUCCGGUGAUCUCUUCGGCAAAGCCGACGUAGGCGACCAGCUGCACGGUCAGCAGGGCUAUCGCGAAGCGGAUGGCAAAUUUCACCUCGACGCGUACAAAGCUGUUUACCGCUUCUCUGGACCUGCAGACGACACAAGGACUCUUCGUCCGGAGUAUCGGCACGACAGGGACGGCGUUCCCCGGGGCCCAGCUGCCGACCGCAAGAGGCACUGUCGUGACGGUGACUACUGA